UUCUUCAAUAUAUUAAGUUCAACACUGAGUGUAAUGUUUCUGAUAAUAUCGCAUAUUUUACAACAAAUUAAGGAAUGGGACGAACGACACGCCGUGAAGACAACAACAAACUUACCAAUUGUGGGUUCACCAGUACAAGUUAUUGUACUAACGGUUGCUUACAUUAUAUUCGUCCUCAAAAUCGGACCCUACCUGAUGAGAAAUCGUGAACCAUUUAAUGUGAAGUGGUUAAUGCAAAUCUAUAAUGUUUUCCAAGUUUUUAUAAAUCUUUAUUUAGGAGUGAUGGGUUUAAGGCUUCUCUGGGUACCUGAUCAUCAUAACCCUGGUUGCAUAACAAGCUUGCCAGAUACACAUAGAUUGAAGUCAUUCGAAGGCCAUAUGAUAUAUUUAUAUGUAUUCGUUAAAGUAACCGACUAUAUGGACACAAUAUUCUUUGUGUUGCGUAAAAGCUUUAAACAGAUAACUUUCUUGCACGUUUAUCAUCAUGUCCUAAUGGUUCUUUCAACAACUAUGGUUACACAUUAUUACGGUACUGGUGGCCAUCAAAAUCUUUUUGGAGAUGUCAACGCAUUUGUACAUGUGAUUAUGUAUAGUUAUUACUUUUUGAGUGCUUUAAAUCCAAACAUUAAAACUUCUAAGUGGAAAAAAUUUAUUACUAAAGCUCAAAUUGUCCAGUUCAUUAUAGUUAUAAUCCAUCAGUUAUGGCCUUUACUUAUCGUUAAAGAAUGUACGUAUUCUAAGUUUUUACUGUUAUUAAAUUUGUCACAGGCGAUAGUAAUGCUCAUAUUAUUUAGUAAAUUUUAUAUUAAAACUUACAUUAAGAAAAAUUCUAAAGCCAAUCAAAACAUUAGCAAAAAAACUACGUAAUUAUUCAGAAAAUUGUUAUAAUACUAGUAUUUAAA